AGACAGCGCGGUCACUAUCGCGUUUCCCGCGUGAAAAUCGCUUUCCCCGCGAUCGCCGUGCGGCGGAGCACGUGAACGCAGUGUCCCGUCGACCGCUCGCGUGACACGCCGCGCUCCUCGCGCCGCAUACUCCUGCACUCAUCCUGCAGGACUAGCUAGCGUACGACCCCGACGCCCGCCCGACCUACACUGCGCCCGCUUCACCAAAUCUCGCGCGCGCACUGAAAAAGUUCCAAAUUUGAAAACCGCGAAAACUUUUUAAUAACUAAUUUAGCCGGGUCAUCGAUUUCUAAUUACGGCCAGUAUCUUGUUUACCGAAGAGGUGGAGGCGAUGCGGUCCAAAGCAGUUGCAAGACGGUUACAGGCCCAAGGAAAGCAAGAUGACGGCGAACCUCCAGCCAGCAAAGAUGAGAAUGGCGCGGCAGACAGCCAGGAAUCUGGCAGCCCUCCUCCAAGCCCUAGUGAUUCUACAGCAUCAGAAUCAGCGCCCACCUUAGUGCACAUCAAACAGGAAACUAUGGCCCCAGACAUGAAAGAAUACCACAGUGCAUUAGACUUUGGUCUCCCUGACGCAUACCUACCCCCGAGCUACGAUUAUUCCAGGAAUUAUUUAUCCAGGCCACUGGAUUUACCAAAUCAAAGAUACUUGGAAUCAGCUAAGAGUCCUGAAAGGAAUGAUAAAGAUUACAAGGACGAAUUAGACAAGUUCGACUGCAAUAUGCCAAGUGAACUGGUUGUUAAAUCUGGGGGUAUAUUUGCUAGAGUUAAUAUUCCUUGUGGUACGAAAUAUGGCCCAUUUAACGGUAAAUGGGACACGCAGCCUUUGGAAAGGAGAUACGCAUGGGAGGUGCAUGGAAAAAAUGGAGUUCGCGGCUGGCUGGAUGGUACCACAGAGAAAACAAACUGGCUUAAGUUUGUGCGAUCUACCACUUACUCCCACGACAUUAAUGUUCAGCAUUUCCUCUUAGCUGGUCAAAUCUGGUAUAAGGUGACGCGGGAUAUUGCGUCUGGGCAGGAGUUGCUGCUUGGCCCACGAACGUCUCUGCAGUUACAAGAUGUAGUCUCUGGCAUCGGACGUGAAGGAUCAAGUGUCAACUCUUCGAGCUCUCAGCCUGAGGACGAGGAACGAGAGGAUACUGAGCCUCGGUGUUCUUUUUGCGACGGACCUUUUCCUAACAUCGACGCGCUAGAUCGUCAUCUGAUCCAAGCUCACGCUCAACCUGCAUCAGCUUUUCACUGUGAACUCUGUAAUCGGGCAUACAGCUCCCGUGCUCUUCUGCUGAGACAUCGGGCGCUCACCCACACUGAUAUUAGAAAGUACCCCUGCGAAAAUUGCCCGAAGGUAUUUACCGAUCCUUCCAACCUCCAGCGCCACAUCCGCGCGCAGCACGUCGGCGCGCGCAGCCACGCCUGCCCCGAGUGCGGGAAGACCUUCGCCACGUCCUCUGGGCUCAAGCAGCACACGCACAUCCACUCCAGCGUCAAGCCUUUCCAGUGCAAGGUCUGCUACAAAGCAUACACUCAAUUUUCGAAUUUGUGUCGUCACAAACGAAUGCAUGUUGCGUGUAGAGCUCUCGUUGAAUGUGGAAAAUGCGGACAAUCAUUCCCGUCAUAUGCUGCUUUAACGAAGCAUAAAAGAUUUUGCGACACUGCAUCAGCAGCAAACGUAAACCUUCGAGGGUCACUACCACAAGGCCUUUCUCAGAUACCAUCUUUGUCAAACGUCAUGAAUACUCCAAAUAACACUAAUCCGUUCCCAAUGUAUAGGGGACCGGGAUUGCCUCUGCCAUAUAACACAUUCGCACACUAUCCUGCGUUAUUCUCUGCUGCUGCGGCCGCAUGUCCACCUGAAUUUCUGAGUCCUCUCCUUUUCAAUGUACAAGGUGCAAGAUUAGCAAUGGAACAUGAUAUAGCGCUUAAUGCUAAUUUAGUAGCAAAACAACAACAGGAAGGUAGAAUGUCAGUUAAAAGUAUGGAUAGUUCAACGUCCUUGGAUGAGAUAAAGAAAAGUAAGGAAAUCGACGUGGAAAAUAAUAAAAGGGAUGUAAAUAGAACUACACCAAAACAACAGAAUAUAUACGUUAAGCAAUCACCACCGUCAGCCGAAGAAGCUUCUUCAAAGCAGCGCCCGUCACCAGUUAUGCCAAUGUCGACUUCCAUUGGUCCAUUUAACUUUUCAAGGGAGGAAGUUAAAAAUAAUUCUCCUUUUAACUUGUCCUUGAAACAAAACAACAAUGAACUGAUAAGAAACAAAUCAGUCUCUCCAGCAUUUCCUAGAGAUUUAUCUAAGAAUACUGGAGAUGACAUCGAUAGUAAAUCUAUCAAUGAAGAAGACACGAGAAAGGAACAGAAUCAACCAUUAGAUUUAUCAGUUACGCGAAAGCAUAGCGAUAAAGAAUCAGAUAUGGAAAACGAUGAUCAAUCUUUUCGCAACUCCUCGAUUAAAUCAUAUUCACCUCCCGAAAGUCCCAUCGAUAGAGACAAUAAGACCCCCGAAAAUGAAACCACGAAUGUCGACGUCGAGGCAGUAGAAAUAGAGGAUUCGCCGAAGCCUCUCGUUUCGCCUUCCUUAGCUUUCCCGAUGCCUGUUCACCCUCAGCAUAACAGCAGUCUCAUCGAUGCCAUGUACAGGCCACGCUUUCCACAAUUUCACGCUACUUCGGAUUCUAUCUUAAACUCUUCACAUUCACCCUACGUUCCGAGUCCGUUUAAUUUUUUAUCUCCAGUUCUCGGUGCUGACGGUCCUGAUAGACAACCGAGUGCUUAUGCGAAGUUUCGUGAACUGAGUACCGGAUCGGCUAAGCUUCGCGAUCGUUACGCUUGUACGUUUUGUGGAAAAGUGUUCCCUAGAAGCGCUAACCUAACGCGGCAUCUCCGCACGCAUACCGGAGAGCAGCCUUACAAAUGUAAGUACUGCGAACGUUCAUUUUCGAUAUCGUCCAACUUACAACGGCACGUACGGAACAUACAUAACAAGGAGAGACCCUUUAGAUGUCCGUUGUGCGACAGAUGCUUCGGGCAGCAGACAAACCUCGAUCGGCAUUUGAAAAAGCACGAGGCGGAGGGUGGCGAUUCCCCGAGCUCCGCGGACACGGAGCAGGACGCGUGUUUUGACGAUAUUCGCUCAUUCAUGGGGAAGGUGACUUGUUCUCCCGGGGCGGGCUCUCCGUCCGCGACCUCCCCGCACUCCGCUCACCCCGCGCACCCCGCACACCCGCACCGCCCCUCCGCGCUCGCCAUCUCCACAUAGCCCGGGCCCUACCCGCUGCCGCCGCCGCCGCCGCUGUGGUCUCAGCCCUUCGAGUGAUCGACGAGUACGUUUGGCCGAUUUCGGCUGCCGUUGAUGACUAUCGAUCUUGUACGUAAGUGACGUCUCACGUAGCAAUAGUGGUUACUUAAGUAAAUGUACUUUUCUUCGUAUUACAAUAAUGUUAAUGACAAAUCUUACAUGUAAUCCAGUGCAUACUUUGUUAGAUACGUCAGGAGUCGAAAUUUAUGUAAAAUUACUAGUGCUGUAAAAACUUAGGUUUACGAUUUUAUGCGUUCCUAGAUUUAAUUGUUAAUGAGGAUCUUCGCUUUAGCGAUUUUCUGCACGUAGCUAGGGAAAUUGUAAAAAAUAAUUAGAUGUAAUGAUGUACUUGUGAAAGAUUAAAAUAUCUUUAAGGUGCAUGUAAAUUAUUGUUACAUAAUUGGAAGCGGUGAAUAUUUAAUUUAAAGAUGAUCCUUAUACGAUCUAUCGUUAGUCAAAAAUCUACCAAAGCAAUCGUUCUAAGAUAUUCGGCAAUUGGAUUGAUGAUAUCGGUAUAGAAAUUAAUAUAAAAUUGGCGUUUUCAAAUUGAAAUUAUAACCUCAAAUCAAAUACGAUUAUAAUAUUAAUUAUGUAUUAAAUUUGUUAUUGUAAAUAUCAUUAAAUAACAACACUUCGAGCAUAUCAUGUGUUUAGAUUAAAUCGGAGCUGACAUUUUUAGCUAUUGUAAUAAAUAAUUCAUAUAAGAUUAUAUUACUAUUAAAUUCCUAUAUAAGAAUAAGCUUAAGAUGAUAAUAUCAUGUUCUUUUAUUGACUUUUCAAACAUAUCUUUCUUGAUAAUAAAAAAAAGCUACAAUUAUUUCAUUGUUUAAAGUCACAGAUUAUUAAGAACUAUACACACGUCAUUAUAAUGCCUGUCAAAUAGAUUUUCGAUUAAAAUAUUAUGUUCGGAAGUUUAAUAUUACAAAAAUAAACAAUUAAUUUAAUUGAAAUCAAUGCAAUACAUUAAAAUAGUUAUUUUUACUGUUAUCAUAUCACUUGUGGCACUAGUAAUAAUAAGAAUAUUGUCACACAAUCAAUAAACGCGUCUAUUGUUGAA